GUUUGGCUAAGAGAAUUGUGGAAACACGUCCUGGGCUGGCCAAAGAAGCCGAUAACAAUGGGUGUACUCCGCUAAGUUCAGCUGUAUAUCGUGGCCUGGUUGACGUGUUACGAGUAUUGCUGGAACAUGAUUGCUCUUUAGGGUAUGAGGUGCCAAGUAAUGGUAAUCCUUUCCUUAGUUAUGCUGCAUAUGAAGGUCACCUCGAUGUUGCUGAAGAGCUUCUUAAAUACUGUCCUGAUACUCCUUACCGUUCAACACAAGAUGCCUGUUGGACAUCCCUCCAUGUAGCUGUAUACGAUGAUCAAGUGGAGUUCACAGAAUUCAUCUUGAGGACCCCACAACUUCGGAAACUCAUUAACAUGCGAGACUCCAACGGGAAAACUGCUCUACAUUUGGCGGUAGAGAAGUGCAAUCCUAAAAUGGUUGUUGCUUUGCUGUCUCACGAUGACAUAGACACAACUGUGGUUGAUAAUGAAGGUGUUACAGCAGCUUGGGUAUUAGCUCAUGUCAUUGAUGAUGCGAAGACUUUAAACUGGAAUGAAGUGAGCAUGCUUAUGGCGAGAGCUGAUCCGCAAGAUGCCAAAACUCUUUAUAAUCUUCACACGCAUACCAAACACAAAGCGACCUUAGAAUCAAGGAAGGAGGCGAAGUCACUAACUCAAACAUACACAAGCAACACUUCGCUAGUGGCGAUCCUCAUCACGACAGUCACCUUUGCCGCUGCCUUCACCCUGCCUGGAGGAUACAGCAAUGACGCCGGAAGCGAGGGACUUCCCAUCAUGUCUAGGAAGUUAUCAUUUCAAGCAUUCUUGAUUUCUGACGUCUUAGCAAUGUGCUGCUCCUUUGCUGUCUCCUUCAUAUGCAUCAUAGCAAGGUGGGGGGAUUAUGAGUUCUUGAUUUAUUACAUAUCCGCCACUAAGAAGCUUAUGUGGUUUGCAUAUGUGGCAACAACUACGGCUUUUUCAACUGGUUUAUACACUGUGUUGGCUCCACGUCUUCACUGGUUGGCUAUUGCAAUUUGCGUCAUGGUAGCUUUGUUGCCCAUUUUCACUAAGCUGCUGGGCGAAUGGCCGGUGUUGAAGCUCAGAUUUCGGCUUGGUAAAACAUUCAACUCUGAUCUCCUUGACAUGGUGUGACUUCAACCAUCUGUCUUAUGGUCAUGAUUUCUGAUAGUACUUUGAGGUUUAUAUGUAAUAAACAUUAUUGGGCCAGCUACUUGCUCUUUAUUUGUUAACUCAUUGGGACAAAAUGUUGUACUACGUACCAUUCUUGCAUCUUUUUCAAACUUGUGGCAAAUUCUAUUAUUCUUGUAUGUUGUUGAUUCCAUCUC